CUGCCUCCACUCUGCGCUAACAGAGCAGAAGAGUGAAGUAGAAAAGGCGAAGCAUUGGCAGCGAGAAACGAAGGCUUGCUUUUGGCUCACAUCUAAACAACAACUAAGCCUCUACUGCAGAGCACCAAAGUGUAUAGAAAUGGGCUGUAGGCUGCCUAAGCCACGUGGUUCAGAUGAGGCUCCAGGAAAGAUCUAUUCGACCCUAAGGAAAGCCCAAGUGGAGACGCACACUGGAGUGGCCUACACAUACCACUUUCUGGACUUUCUUUUAGGAAAAGAAGAGGUGGCGGUGUCGUCGUUGCUGUGUCUGUCCUCUGUAAGAGAGUUACCUGUGCAGGUGUGCGAGUUAUAUCAGCAGGGUUUUAUACUGGCUGCUGUUCAUCCGUUUGUUCACUCGUGCGGCCCUGCCAGAGCAAACCUACAGAGGCAGCUACACCGUGCUGUGCUCAUCAGAGAGACAAACAGCUGUUCAGAGAAUGGCGUGCUGAAAUGCGUGCGACCUCGUCUGGAGACAGACGUCUGUUUCUCUGGGCUUCAAGCACCUGACCCGGAAGUGAUUCAGGGCUAUGUGAAAAAGGUGCAGGACCUGGCUGAUUCGGGGGUCCUGUUUGUCGGCUUUCUGCAGCAGCCUGGUGGGGGGCCGUGUUUUCUGGGUCACGGUGAUGCUGAUGAACUCUCCUCCCUUCACUCCAGCCCCUCCCCUGUACACCAACACACACAAGCCCCAACAAUCAGCCCAACCAGCCAGGAUAAACACGUCAACCACUGCAAGAAUGAGGACAAUCUUAAGGACCUCCAAAAGCAGAGCUAUAAAAACAAGGCCUCUCCAAGCCAGGACUUUGGAAGUGAGGCCAAACAGCAGCAAGAGCAAGAAAGCUGCCUAUGCCAGAACCACCAUAAGUCUUUUCCUGUUGAACACCAACGUUCAGACCAUCAAUUCCCUGAGGCAGGUAGACAAGAGACACAGACAGAGGACCACACACACCAAGACAGAACAGAUGAGCCCAGAUCCAGCUCAACAGAACCAAACCUGGCUGAAGGGAAUUGUCCCCUUCAGGCCAGCAGUGAGAGCCGAAGGCCAGAGAACCCAGAGCGAGUCAAGAAUCCUGACAAAGCUGGAAAACAACCUGGAACCACCCAGUCCCUCAACCGUGUGCAGGUGUUCGCUCUCUAUAACCAUGCUGUGGUGCUCUCUGGGUCGCCAAGGUUCUAUUCUUUGAGAAUUCCACUGCAGGUGCACAAGGAGGCUGGGCUUAUCACUACAGUCGACACUCACUGGCUUGAUCAUAUGACCCAGCACUUCAGAAGCGGCGCCCAACUCAUCGAUGGCUACUUUCACAUAGGAGAUGAUACGGAGUCGUCCUCCACUAUAGAGAGUGUGUUCAUAUUCCAGAGUGCUUCUGAUGACAUUAUGACGGCCACUACGUAUGACGCAAUCGUAGUUGAGCAGUGGACGGUCAUUGAUGGUGUUGCUGUAAAAACAGACUACAUCCCUCUUCUGCAGUCUUUAGCUCCAUACGGAUGGAGGCUAAUGUGUGUACUGUCCACUCCCAUAGUCAAAACAAACAGUGACGGCAGUUUAGCCACAAAACAGAUCCUCUUCCUCCAGAGACCUGUGCUGUCCCGCAAGAGGAGAGACUUUACGAGGCUUCACCUCAAAGGUCGCAACAAGAGGAACUUGAAUAGUAAAGAGACUGUGGGGAGGGAAAUACUGAGUGCUGCAUCUCCGACAGUGACAGUGGAGAAGGAAGCAGAGAGAAUGGCGAAGGAGAGCGAGAGCUGGAUGAAAGAUGAAGAGAUGGAAAACAAACAGUGUGGGAGAGAGAGCCUGGAAAGAAAUGGUGAUGAUGCAAGGACUUUGCAGGAUGUUCAAAAUAGAGACGUAGCUCUAGAAGAAAAGGUGGAGGUUAAGAGUGCAAGCACCAAUCAGGACGCAAAGGGCGGAGUCAAAUGUGGCUCACAGGAAGAGGAAGUGAGGCCGCUGGUACCAGAACGAGCACUGUUCUCUGGCGUGUGCUGA